CAGAGGAAAUCAAAAAUCUCAGCUUCUCGCAGGCUAAUGCUGAAGAGUUUGAUGGCUGCCACGGCCAAGGAGGCGCUGGAGCAGGAGUUGGAAGAAAAGGAGAAUGAGAAGAAGAAGUACCUGGAAGAUAAAACUCCUCCCUUACAUACCAGCUGUAUGUCGAUAGCAGAGUUAAAGGCAUUAUGUGAAGAGCUGCAUGCCAAAAUUGACGUGGUGGACGAGGAGCGAUAUGAUAUUGAAGCCAAAGUCUUGCACAACACCAGAGAGAUUAAAGACCUGAAUAUCAAGGUAGUGGACCUGCGAGGGAAGUUUAAGAGACCAAGCCUGAGGAGGGUGAGGGUUUCUGCUGACGCCAUCCUGCGCUCCCUACUGGGUUCAAAACACAAAGUCUCUCUGGAUCUGCGAGCAAAUCUUAAGUCAGUCAAGAAGGAAGACACAGAAAAGGAGAAAACGGUGGAGGUGAGCGACUGGAGGAAGAAUGUGGAGGCCAUGUCGGGCAUGGAGGGCCGCAAGAAGAUGUUUGAUGCAGCAAUGGGCCAAAACCAGUAAAUGGCUGUCAGUGAAAGAAACAGCUGGCCCCAAAGAAUCCAUACAGCACAACACAUUAAUGCAUAAACUUAGAGGACUUCACAGGUCUACAGGCAAUCUUAUAUAUUCAAUUCAUUUCUGUGUGUUUUGUUGCAUUAUCACUGAAAUAAAUACACCACAUGCAGUUUAA